AUGUACUACAAACACUACUUCCUCUUGUUGUUCCACUCACGCUACAGACCUGUCACCGAUCAGUGGGUGGAGCCAGACGUUACGACUGUGGUAAUCAAUGAUGGUCAAUCAGAUGUUCGAGGCUACCUUUAUGAGCCGCUGUAUAUAUCAGAUGUUCGAGGCUACCUUUAUGAGCCGCUGUAUAUAUCAGAUGUUCGAGGCUACCUUUAUGAGCCGCUGUAUAUAUCAGAUGUUCGAGGCUACCUUUAUGAGCCGCUGUAUAUAUCAGAUGUUCGAGGCUACCUUUAUGAGCCGCUGUAUAUAUCAGAUGUUCGAGGCUACCUUUAUGAGCCGCUGUAUAUAUCAGAUGUUCGAGGCUACCUUUAUGAGCCGCUGUAUAUAUCAGAUGUUCGAGGCUACCUUUAUGAGCCGCUGUAUAUAUCAGAUGUUCGAGGCUACCUUUAUGAGCCGCUGUAUAUAUCAGAUGUUCGAGGCUACCUUUAUGAGCCGCUGUAUAGCGAGCAGCGUCUGAGGCUGCUGCAGUCGAGGCAGAGGACCUGCCUGUCCCGGACGAGGAGUCCGGACUGGCUGGAGCUGGGGCGGACUGCUGGUGUCUGUGCUCUCGCUGUGCGCCUACGGACACACGGACGUCUGACUACAAUAUCGCCUAACAGCCUUUCUGCAAUGGGUCCUGCAGGGCGAGAGAUUGGGUCGAGGCGUGGUUUCACCCGCUGAUGUGGUGCAGGCUCUCCGACAGUAUCCAGCUCCAGAUGGCCAGUACUGCGGCACCGAGACGUUGAGGACGCUCAGGAGGAACUAUAACUGUCAUUGUUUACAUAUUUAUUGUUGUUGUUGUUGAUAUAUUUCUGUAAAUAAAUGGUUCAGCCGGACUCUGGAGGUCUCAGCCGGACCCUGGAGGUCUCAGCCGGACCCUGGAGGUCUCAGCCGGACCCUGGAGGUCUCAGCCGGACCCUGGAGGUCUCAGCCGGACCCUGGAGGUCUCAGCUGCAGCCCCUCACACAAACAUUGAUAUUUAAAGUGAUUAGUUAUCAACUUAUUGAUCACAACAUUAGUCUACAUUUAGUGCAGUAUUACAGACCGAUAUCUAUCUAUCAAUAAUCAUAUUGAUAGACUGAUCAAUACAGACUGAUUUAUAAACAGACUUUAUCAUCAGUCAGACAAACAAACAAUAAAUAAACAAUAUUCACAGUAAACUAUUAUUGUUGUCAUGUGAUCAAUAAAUGAAUCACUUUAUUGAUCUCAAAGGUU